AUGAAUGAAGAUGAAUCGAUCGACAUUGAUUCAGACGGCAACUUCAAUGAUAGAGAAAAUCCUGUUGACGAUGCUGCUGCUCCUGCUGCUGCUGCUGAUGAUGAUGAUGAUGAUUACGACGGCCAUUAUUUAGAGGAAGAGGGAGAAGUUGGAGAGGACAGGGAAAUGCCUAAUGAGUUCAAUGAAGAAGAUCUUAUAAUUGGUCCAAUUACUGGGAUGCGGUUCAGUAGUAAGGAUGUUCUGUUUGAUUUUUACAAAGAACAUGCAAGAUUAUCGGGUUUUUGCAUUGUCAAAAGAACGUCCAACAAAAAAGGUGGUGAUAUUGUUAGGUAUGUGCAAUAUGGUUGUGAUAGGUCUAGGAAACCAAGGAAUAAGCAUGUUACCAAGAGGAAGAACUGCCGUGCUAGAAUAAAUGGAAUUUUGGAGGAGAAUGGUUCAUGGCGUGUUUCAAAGGUGGUAAAAAAACAUAAUCAUCAAUUGGAACCAGCACUAUCGCGAUUGAUGGCUGGACACAGAUCGCUUAGCAAGUCUCUUAAGAGAACUCUUGCAGCCAAAGAUAUUGCUGGCUUAAGACCCUCAAAAAAUAUAAGAGUCGCUGAAGUACUUGCUGGUGGCCCCGAAAAUCUGGGUUGUACACCAAAGGACUGUAGAAAUUAUAUCUUGAAUAGUAGAAAGCUUCAGUUGCAAGAAGGGGAUGCACAAUCAUUACCCAAGUUCUUCAGUGACAUGCAGCAAAAAGAUAGGGAAUUUUACUACUCCGUAGAUGUGGAUAGUUUUGGUCGACUUCGUAAUGUCGUAUGGGUUUAUUCACACUCUAAGGUUGCAUAUGAGGAGUUCCAUGAUGUAAUAUGCCUUGAUACCACAUACCUUGUGAAUCGAUACAAUAUGUCAUUUGCUUCAUUUGUUGGUGUCAAUCAGCAUAGGCAGUCCAUACUUUUGGGAUGUGCUCUUAUGUCUAGUGAGGAUAUAACUCUUGGGGCUCUAAACAAUGUUCAUCCAUUAGCUAUCAUGAUUGACCAAUGUGAUAGUAUAAAGGCUGUCAUCAGUGCUAUGAUGCCAAAUACAAUACAUAGAUAUUGUAUAUGGCACAUAUUCGCAAAGUUGCCUACGAAGUUAAGCGGAGUUCUUGAUGGUAAGAUUUCAAAGGUAGAAUUUAAGGCUUUAGUCCUUGAUAGCAUUAACGUUGCUGAGUUUGAGAGACAAUGGACUGAUUUUAUUGAAAAAUAUAACUUAGAGGAAAGGGAUUGGUUUUAUAAGCUUUAUUUGGAGAAGGAGAAAUGGGUUCCGGUAUACCUAAAUGACCACUUUUGGGCUGGGAUGUUGUCCACACAAAGAAGUGAAGGAAUGCAUGCUUUCUUUGACGGAUUCAUCAACCGGCAAAGCACUUUGAAGCUAUUUGUUCAGCAUUAUGAGUUAGCCAUAAGAGCUAAGUUCGAGAAAGAAUUGGAAGCUGAAUAUAGGUCAAG